AUGUCACAGAUUCUUGUGCUAUUGAUAUGCGCCACGUGUUGUCUCCUCUGUGUCUUCUUUGUCAUCACUACCCGACUCACCGAUGAUAAUACCUAUAGCCGUGCAUUUGGUAAUAUAGAUUUAUCCAAACUGUCUGAGCGCUCAGCGCUUCCAAUACUCGCACAAAUUCAACGACGAUUCCUAUACAAAGAGUUGGAUCCCAACCAGAAAGCCAUUGAAGGACAGCAAUCGCAGCAACAAAUUAAUACCGCAUUAAAAGCAACGCAAACCUCAGCCAAAAACAAAUACUCAGAAAUUGAAAGCGAAAAAUCGACAAAUAAUAAUAAAUACAAUAAUAUCGACAAUAAUUUGAAAAAUCGGUUAAAAAUCAAUGAAUUGUCACAAAUCGAUGACGACUUCUCAGAUUUAUUGCAUUUCAUUGAUUUGCAAUCGACAUCUGCUGAAGAAUCCUCGCGACCACAGUAUCCAUUGCUCGCAGAAGUGUUGGAGCAUAUUCUGUGUACACUUAUUAAGGACACCGACAAUACAUGGGCGAAAACUCAAAAAGACGGCGGAACUCAACUGAAAUUGGUUAUCGAUUACGAGAAUGGGGGUCAGGCCUUAUUCAAACCAAUGAGUAUCGACUGA